UAACUCAGAGCCAAGCAACACCUUAAAUUAACACAUUUAAAUCCAUUACGCGCAAAGAUCGUAAACCACACCAUGUCUAAGCUGAACUUCACAAGCAAGAAUAUUACAAGAUGUGUUGUCUUCAUUGUGACGCUGUGGCUUAUUCUGCUAUGCAGCGCAGACGCAAGCUCAACAUCUGGCACGGAAGAGACAUACACACCGUCUGCGGAUGAAUUCACGUUAGCGGGAACAGACGCUACCGAGACGCCGCCAGCCGUGAACUCCACAGAGGAAUCAACAGACGACCCGGAAACAGAUUUAACACAAGCAGUGACGGCAGAAGCAGGCGUCUCGGAUACAACAAAUGAUGACGAUGUCACUGUAACACCAGAUUUUACAGAAGCAGUGACUGGAGAAACAGACGUUCCCGAUUCAACAAAUGAUGACGACAUCACUUCAACACCAGAUUUUACAGAAGCAAUGACGGAACAAACGGAAGUCCCCGAUUCAACAAAUUACGACAGCACUUCGACACAAGAACCAACAGACACAGAUGUCCCAACAUUACCUACUGAUGAACCUGGUCCGACUCCCACAGACGAUUUAAUAUCAUCACCAGAACCAACAAAUACAGACUUCACAAUAUUACCUACAGAUGAACCUAGCCCUACGCCUAUGGAAGAUAUAACAUCACCAGAAACAACAAAUACAGACUUCACAACAUUACCUACAGAUGAACCUAGUUCUACCCCCACGGAAGAUAUAAUAUCACCAGAAACAACAAAUACAGACUUCCCAACAUCACCUACAGAUGAACCUGAAUCUACUCCUACAGAAGAUGUAACAUCACCAGAACCGACAAUCACAGAAUUCCCAACAUCACCUACAGAUGAACCUGAAUCUACUCCUACAGAAGAUAUAAUAUCAUCAACAGAACCAUCAGACACAGACUUCACAACAUUACCUACAGAUGAACCUAGUCCUACUCCUACAGAAGAAUUAACAUCAUCACCAGAACCAUCAGACACAGACUUCCCAACAUCACCUACAGAUGAACCUGAAUCUACUCCUACAGAAGAUGUAACAUCAACAGAACCGACAAUCACAGAGUUCCCAACAUCACCUACAGAUGAACCUGAAUCUACUCCUACAGAAGAUAUGAUAUCAUCAACAGAACCAACAAAUACAGACUUCACAACAUUACCUACAGAUGAACCUAGUCCUACCCCUACAGAAGAAUUAACAUCAUCACCAGAACCAACAAAUACAGACUUCUCAACAUUACCUACAGAUGAACCUAGUUCUACCCCGACGGAAGAUAUAAUAUCACCAGAACCAACAAAUACAGACUUCACAACAUUACCUACAGAUGAACCUAGUCCUACCCCUACAGAAGAAUUAACAUCAUCACCAGAACCAUCAGACACAGACUUCCCAACAUCACCUACAGAUGAACCUGAAUCUACUCCUACGGAAGAUGUAACAUCAACAGAACCGACAAUCACAGAGUUCCCAACAUCACCUACAGAUGAACCUGAAUCUACUACUACAGAAGAUAUGAUAUCAUCAACAGAACCAACAAAUACAGACUUCACAACAUUACCUACAGAUGAACCUAGUCCUACCCCUACAGAAGAAUUAACAUCAUCAUCAGAACCAUCAGACACAGACUUCCCAACAUCACCUACAGAUGAACCUGAAUCUACUCCUACAGAAGAUGUAACAUCACCAGAACCGACAAUCACAGAGUUCCCAACAUCACCUACAGAUGAACCUGAAUCUACUACUACAGAAGAUAUAAUAUCAUCAACAGAACCAACAAAUACAGACUUCUCAACAUUAACUACAGAUGAACCUAGUUCUACCCCGACGGAAGAUAUAAUAUCACCAGAACCAACAAAUACAGACUUCACAACAUUACCUACAGAUGAACCUAGUCCUACCCCUACAGAAGAAUUAACAUCAUCACCAGAACCAUCAGACACAGACUUCCCAACAUCACCUACAGAUGAACCUGAAUCUACUCCUACGGAAGAUGUAACAUCAACAGAAGCGACAAUCACAGAGUUCCCAACAUCACCUACAGAUGAACCUGAAUCUACUACUACAGAAGAUAUGAUAUCAUCAACAGAACCAACAAAUACAGACUUCACAACAUUACCUACAGAUGAACCUAGUCCUACCCCUACAGAAGAAUUAACAUCAUCAUCAGAACCAUCAGACACAGACUUCCCAACAUCACCUACAGAUGAACCUGAAUCUACUCCUACGGAAGAUGUAACAUCAACAGAACCGACAAUCACAGAAUUCCCAACAUCACCUACAGAUGAACCUGAAUCUACUACUACAGAAGAUAUAAUAUCAUCAACAGAACCAACAAAUACAGACUUCACAACAUUACCUACAGAUGAACCUAGUCCUACCCCUACAGAAGAAUUAACAUCAUCAUCAGAACCAUCAGACACAGACUUCCCAACAUCACCUACAGAUGAACCUGAAUCUACUCCUACAGAACAUAUAAUAUCAUCAACAGAACCAACAAAUACAGACUUCUCAACAUUUCCUACAGAUGAACCUAGUUCUACCCCGACGGAAGAUAUAAUAUCACCAGAACCAACAAAUACAGACUUCACAACAUUACCUACAGAUGAACCUAGUCCUACCCCUACAGAAGAAUUAACAUCAUCACCAGAACCAUCAGACACAGACUUCCCAACAUCACCUACAGAUGAACCUGAAUCUACUCCUACGGAAGAUGUAACAUCAACAGAACCGACAAUCACAGAGUUCCCAACAUCACCUACAGAUGAACCUGAAUCUACUACUACAGAAGAUACAAUAUCAUCAACAGAACCAACAAAUACAGACUUCACAACAUUACCUACAGAUGAACCUAGUCCUACCCCUACAGAAGAAUUAACAUCAUCAUCAGAACCAUCAGACACAGACUUCCCAACAUCACCUCCAGAUGAAUCUGAAUCUACUCCUACAGAACAUAUAAUAUCAUCAACAGAACCAAAAAAUACAGACUUCUCAACAUUACCUACAGAUGAACCUAGUUCUACCCCUACGGAAGAUAUAAUAUCACCAGAACCAACAUAUACAGACUUCACAACAUUACCUACAGAUGAACCUAGUCCUACCCCUACGGAAGAUAUAACAUCAACAGAACCAUCAUACACAGACUUCCCAACAUCACCUACAGAUGAACCUGAAUCUACUCCUACAGAAGAUGUAACAUCAACAGAACCGACAAUCACAGACUUCCCAACAUCACCUACAGAUGAACCUGAAUCUACUCCUACAGCACAUAUAAUAUCAUCAACAGAACCAACAAAAACAGACUUCACAACAUUACCUACAGAUGAACCUAGUCCUAAUCCUACAGAAGAUGUAACAUCACCAGAACCAACACAUACAGACUUCACAACAUUACCUACAGAUGAGCCUAUUCCUACCCCUACGGAAGAUAUAACAUCAACAGAACCAUCAGACACAGAACUCCCAACAUCACCUACAGAUGAACCUGAAUCUACUCCUACAGAAGAUAUAAUAUCAUCAACAGAACAAACAAAUACAGACUUCACAACAUUACCUACAGAUGAACCUAGUCCUACCCCUACAGAAGAAUUAACAUCAUCAGAACCAUCAAACACAGACUUCCCAACAUCACCUACAGAUCAACCUGAAUCUACUCCUACAGAAGAUGUAACAUCAACAGAACCGACAAUCACAGAGUUCCCAACAUCACCUCCAAAUGAACCUGAAUCUACUCCUACAGAAGAUAUAAUAUCAUCAACAGAACCGACAAUCACAGAGUUCCCAACAUCCCCUCCAGAUGAACCUGAAUCUACUCCUGCAGAAGAUAUAAUAUCAUCAACAGUAUCAUUGGCAUCAUCACCUGCAACAACUGCCCAAGCUACAGCUACACAAACUACAGCUACCCCAUCCACAGCUACAGCUGUGUCAACUCCAUCGCCGUCAUCAUCACCACGUGUAACAGCAGCAACAACUACAGCAGCACCAACUACAGCUGCACAAUCAACAGCAACAGCUGUGUCAACUGCAUCGCCAACAUCAUCACCACGUGUAACAGCAGCAACAACUACAGCAGCACCAACUACAGCUGCACAAUCAACAGCUGCACAAUCCACAGCUGCACAAUCCACAGCUACAAUUGUGUCAACUCCAGAUGAACUGAGUCCUACCCCUACGGAAGAUGUAACAUCACCAGUAUCAUUGGCAUCAUCACCUGCAACAACUGCUCAAGCUACGGCUACACAAACUACAGCUACCCCAUCCACAGCUGCAGCUGUGUCAACUCCAUCGCCACCAUCAUCACCACGUGUAACAGCAGCACUAACUACAGCUGCACAAUCAACAGCCACAAUUGUGUCAACUACAUUGACAACAUCAUCACCACGUACAACAGCUAUGCAAACUACAGCUGCACAAUCAACAGCCACAAUUGUGUCAACUACAUUGACAACAUCAUCACCACGUGUAACAGCUAUGCAAACUACAGCUGCACAAUCAACAGCCACAAUUGUGUCAACUACAUUGACAACAUCAUCACCACGUACAGCAGCAGCACCAACUACAGCUGCACAAUCCACAGCCACAAUUGUGUCAACUACAUUGACAACAUCAUCACCACGUGUAACAGCUAUGCAAACUACAGCUACCCCAUCCACAGCUACAGCCGUGUCAACUCCAUUGCCUUCAUCAUCACCACGUGUAACAGCAGCACCAACUGCAACUGCACAAACUACAGCUGCACAAUCAACAUCAACAGCUGUGUCAACUCCAUUGCCUUCAUCAUCACCACGUGUAACAGCAGCACCAACUGCAACUGCACAAACUACAGCUGCACAAUCAACAUCAACAGCUGUGUCAACUCCAUUGCCUUCAUCAUCACCACGUGUAACAGCAGCACCAACUGCAACUGCACAAACUACAGCUGCACAAUCAACAUCAACAGCUGUGUCAACUCCAUUGCCUUCAUCAUCACCACGUGUAACAGCAGCACCAACUGCAACUGCACAAACUACAGCUGCACAAUCAACAUCAACAGUUGUGUCAACUCCAUUGCCUUCAUCAUCACCACGUGUAACAGCAGCACCAACUGCAACUGCACAAACUACAGCUGCACAAUCAACAUCAACAGCUGUGUCAACUCCAUUGCCUUCAUCAUCACCACGUGUAACAGCAGCACCAACUGCAACUGCACAAUCCACAGCUGCACAAUCAACAGCCACAAUUGUGUCAACUACAUUGACAACAUCAUCACCACGUGUAACAGCAGCACUAACUACAGCUGCACAAUCAACAGCUGCAGCCGUGUCAACUCCAUCGCCGUCAUCAUCACCACCUGUAACAGCAGCACUAACUACAGCCGUGUCCUCCGCUUUGCCAUCGCUUCCGUCUACAACAGCUGCUAAAUCCACAGCUGCCACAGCGGCAGCAGUGCCAUCAGCUUCAUCAGCCAUGGCACAGCCGACUAAUACUCCCCUUGUACACAGCAGCAACAGCAGCACCGCGGUCUCAGUUACACAAGCAGUGACCAGUAUCGCAAACCCCACCAACGAAUCUAGCACUCUCCCCAUAGCAACUGCCCCCAUCACCAUGGUAACUGCCCCGAUCAACACAACUACCCCUAUCACCAUGGUAACUGCCCCUAUCACCAUCACAACUACCCCUAUCCCCAUCGUAACUGCCCCUAUCACCAACACAACUACCCCUAUCACCAUGGUAACUGCCCCCAUCACCAACACAACUACCCCUAUCCCCAUCGUAACUGCCCCUAUCACCAACACAACUACCCCUAUCCCCAUCGUAACUGCCCCUAUCACCAACACAACUACCCCUAUCCCCAUCGUAACUGCCCCUAUCACAAACACAACUACCCCUAUCACCAUGGUAACUGCCCCCAUCACCAACACAACUACCCCUAUCACCAUGGUAACUGCCCCCAUCACCAACACAACUACCCCUAUCACCAUGGUAACUGCCCCCAUCACCAACACAACUACCCCUAUCACUAUGGUAACUGCCCCCAUCACCAACACAACUACCCCUAUCACCAUGGUAACUGCCCCCAUCACCAACACAACUACCCCUAUCACCAUGGUAACUGCCCCCAUCACCAACACAACUACCCCUAUCUCCAUCGUAACUGCCCCAAUGACCAAUACAACUUCUCCUAUCACCAUGGAAACUGACCCUAUCACCAACACAACUUCUCCUGUCCACAUGGUAACUGCCCCAAUCACCAACACAACUACUCCUAUCACCAUGGUAACUACCCCAAUCACCAACACAACUACUCUUAUCACCAUGGUAACUGCCCCUAUCACUAACACAACUACUCCUAUCACCAUGGUAACUGCCCCAAUCACCAACACAACUUUUCCUGUCAACAUGGUAACUGGCCCAAUCACCAAUUCAACUUCUCCUGUCCCCAUGGUAACUGCCCCAAUCACCAACACUACUCUUAUCACCAUGGUAACUGCUCCUAUCACCAACACAACCACUCCUAUCACCUUGGUAACUGCCCCAAUCACCAAUACAACUUCUGCUAUUCCCAUGGUAACUACCCCUAUCACCAACACAACCACUCCUAUUAACAUGGUAACUGCCCCUAUCACCAAUUCAACUUCUCCUGUCGCCAUGGUAACUGCCCCUAUCACCAACACAACUACUCCUAUCACCAUGGUAACUGCCCCUAUGACCAACACAACUUCUCCUGUCCCCAUGGUAACUGCCCCAAUCACCAACACAACUUCUAUCACCAUGGUAACUACCCCAAUCACCAAUACAACUUCUGCUAUCCCCAUGGUAACUGCCCCUAUCACCAAUACAACUUCUGCUAUCCCCAUGGUAACUACCCCUAUCACCAACACAACCACUCCUAUCAACAUGGUAACUGCCCCUAUCACCAAUUCAACUUCUCCUGUCCCCAUGGUAACUGCCCCUAUCACCAACACAACCACUCCUAUCAUCAUUGUAACUGCCCCUAUGACCAACACAACUUCUCCUGUCCCCAUGGUAACUGCCCCAAUCACCAACACUACUCUUAUCACCAUGGUAACUGCCCCAAUCACCAACACAACUUCUCCUAUCAUCAUGGUAACUGCCCCUAUCACCAACACAACCACUCCUGUCCCCAUGGUAACUGCCCCUAUCACCAAUACAACUUCUCCUGUCCCCAUGGUAACUGCCCCAAUCACCAACACAACCACUCCUAUCAUCAUGGUAACUACCCCAAUCACCAACACAACUUCUCCUGUCCCCAUGGUAACUGCCCCAAUCACCAACAGAACUUCUCCUGUCCCCAUGGUAACUGCCCCUAUCACCAAUACAACUUCCCCUGUCCCCAUGGUAACUGCCCCUAUCACCAAUACAACUUCCCCUGUCCCCAUGUUAACUGCCCCAAUCACCAAUACAACUUCCCCUGUCCCCAUGGUAACUGCCCCUAUCACCAAUACAACUUCCCCUGUCCCCAUGGUAACUGCCCCAAUCACCAAUACAACUUCUCCUAUCAUCAUGGUAACUGCCCCAAUCACCAACACAACUUCUCCUGUCCCCAUGGUAACUGCCCCAAUCACCAACACAACUUCUCCUGUCCCCAUGGUAACUGCCCCAAUCACCAACACAACUUCUCUUGUCCCCAUGGUAACUACCCCAAUCACCAACACAACUACUCCUAUCAUCAUGGUAACUGCCCCUAUCACCAAUACAACUUCUCCUAUCCCCAUGGUAACUACCCCAAUCACCAUCACAACUACCCCUAUCACCAUCACAACUACUCCUAUCCCCAACACAACUACUCCUAUCACCAUGGUAACUGCCCCAAUCACCAACACAACUAUUACGACAGCCACUACUUCCGCGGAAAUCUCUACCACAAGAAACUCUACGACGGCCACAAGCACCACGACUCCCUUGACAACGAAUGCAACUGCGGCACAAGUGGAAAACCGGCUCUUUGCCUAUGGAUCACAAGUCGGAGAUGUCCAGAUGUCCCAUGGAGGAAAUGACUUUGUCUCACCGACUUUUAACAUUCCAUAUGGAUUUCCAUUCGGACAAACAUUCUACAAUUACCUCUAUUUCACGGACAAUGGGGCCUUCAUACUCCAGGACAAACGCCACGCUCCAAAGUUCCCCUUCCCCAACCCACCGUCCAGCGGCUUCCGAAGCAACAGCGCCAGCGCAAUAAUCGCGGUGUUUUGGGACGACGCAGACUUGUCCGCAGGGAUUGGGAAAAUCUACUACCAGGAAUACAACUUAGACGGUUCUCAGAAUCUAGUGCCGGACAUAGUGACCACACUGAAAAAUGUAAUCGCGCGCGAUUACAGUGCAGUAAACGCGUUUCAACCAUCCUGGAUCCUCAAAGUAACGUGGGAUAAUGUGCCGGCCGUGACAGAAAACGACAACUCGCAACACACCAACACGUUUCAGGCCAUUCUUGCAACAGAUGGAGUGUUCUCUUUCUGCCUAAGCAUCUUCCAGCACAACAGCAUGAAGUGGCAACCGCUGAACAGGGACCCGAACCUGAACAAGGUUCUCAUGGGUUACCACACGGGAAUAUACAACGUGUUCUACAACGACCCGAUCAUGACCAAGAGUGUUGCGGUGCGCUACAGCCCGGACAGCGUGGUGGGCAACACAGGCCAAAUGGGCACGUGGUUGUACCGACUGGAGACCAACAGCAUUACCAACGUGAACAGCAAGCGGGAUUGUCUGCGCUGGGUCAACACAGAGAAGAAGAGUAACCUUUGGUUCUGGAAUCCAUGUCCCUGCUCAUACUGGCAAGGGAGGCUCGACUCUACGUUCAUCAAUGGGGACUUCAUUCAAAACUAUAACUUUCCUACCAAGCAGUUUGAUGGCGCGGCGUACACGCUGCAAAGCGUGUGGCAGAACCCUGACGGAUCGGGCGUGCGCUGUUACUACGAUGUUCGUGGCUCCCUCAUCACGGGCCAGCACGAGCGCUUGCUGCCAACGCCCUGGGACCCGCCCAACAACCCCUGGUGGUUCUCCGACUACAGCUUGUUCUACUACUACUACAAUGUGUACAUCAGCCAGUGGCUACCGCGCGAAGCCAACAAAUACAAACUCCAGGAGGUGCAGCCGUAUAGCGACUGCUGCGUGAACUCGGGAGACAGCUCCUACUGCUCGCUCUACUACGAGAAGCGGCCUGCCGACUCCUGCUGGGGCUACAGGCCCCCCCGGUUCGGCUGGAUGUACGGCGACCCGCACAUCACGACCAUGGAUGGCGUGGGCUACACGUUCAACGGACUGGGCGAGUACGAUCUUCUCAUCGCCGACAAUGGAAACGGGACCAAGUUCAGGAUCCAGGGGCGCACGCAGCGCGCCGGCUUCAACCACACGUCCAUGGCCACGAGCUUCGUGGCGCUGGUGGCGUGGCAGUUGGGCAGCCCCGCGGUUGAAUGGAAGUUGAAUGUGGACAACACGACUUCCCUUUACCUGAAUGGCGUUGUCUUCAACGUGACAGGGAAUCCCACGUCGAUAAACGGGACCACGUUGAUGGCGACCAACGGGAGCCUCCUGGCCUCGUUCUCGUCGGGCGCGUCCGUGACGGUCACGGCCACGGUGGGAGCGCUGCAGUUCCUCAUCUCCCUGCCGGAGGCCAUGCGCGGCAGGACCACGGGGCUGCUCGGAGUGUUCAACGGAAACAAGACCGAUGACUUCCAGGCUUCCGACGGAACCAUCCUGCCCUUCGACGGAACCACUCUUCCUUCAGAAUCCAAGAUAUUUUACGAGUUUGGAUCAACGUGGAAAGUUACUCCAAGCAGCUCCCUGUUUCAGUAUGGAAGUGGAGAAAGCUGGGACAUCUUCAACAACAACAACUUUGUUCCAACCUUCUACGAGCAGCUUCUCAGCGAGAGCAAAAACCUCGACACAAUUACAAGCGCCUGCAAAGGCAACCAGGACUGCAUUUUCGACGUUCUAAGUACCGGCGACCUUGAUUUCGGCAAAGCAACUGUACAAGCCUCGGAUGCUUUUAUAAGCGAAAACAAAAUCAUCAGCAACUCGCCACCCAACAUCACGGGACGCAACGUCAUCCAAACGCGUCUGAACGAGGCCAGCAGCGUCCAAUUGACCGUCACGGACCCAAACGGGGAUAAUGUCAACAUCAGUAUUACCCCAACGUCUGCAGAUCUCAAUAUUUCAAGCGAUGGCUUGGUGACGUGGCGGCCCACCUCGUCCCAGGAGGUGUUCGCUAGGGUCGUGGCCACGGACGGUGGCCUGGCCCCGACACUGAUGGCGCUCAGCCUCACGCUGUGCAACUGCAGCGCCAAAAGCACCUGCCUCUACUCGGAGCCACUGUACAGCGUGCAACACAACCAGUCCAUCUUCCAAGUCGCCGGCUGCAACUGCUCGGACGGCUACGCCGGGCAGUUCUGUGAAGUGGACGUGGACGCCUGUGUGACCAACCCCUGCUACCCCGGCAUCACCUGCAUAGACCUGCCCCCUCCGUCUUUGGGCUACAAUUGUGGUCCCUGCCCUGCGGGCUACACUGGCGAUGGGGAAAAGUGUCUUGACAUUGAUGAGUGCAACGUCACGUCCCCUUGCGGUGGUCAUGGAAGCUGCACCAACAGCCCAGGAUCCUUCAACUGCAGCUGCUUCCCCGGCUACAGAGACCCUCCCACCUGCCGGGACAUCGACGAGUGUGCGGAGAACACGUCCAUCUGCAACAACGCCACCGAAAACUGUCGCAACAAUGAAGGGAAUUACAGCUGCUUCCCCAGGCCAGGCCUCCCAGGCAACAAGCCGCCAACUAUCAACGGAAGUACCGAGGUUCAAGCGCGGUUGAAUGAGUCGACGAUUCUACAGAUCACGGUCGUGGAUCCUGAGUCAGACCCCAUCACCCUGACGAUCACUCCAAUCUCUUCAGACUUCACAAUUUAUGCCAACGGCUCGGUGGGGUGGCGGCCCAGCUCCACGCAGGAGGCGUUGGUGUGGCUGGUGGCCUCGGACGGAGGGAGUUCAUCGCGGGUGGCGCUCUCGCUCACCGUGUGCAACUGCAGCCGGAACGCCGUUUGCAACUCAUCGCAGCUCAGCGGCUCCAACGACUCGGCGUCGUUUCAGGUCGCGAGCUGCCUGUGCUCGAGCGGCUACGUUGGAACCUACUGUGACCAGGACUACGACGCCUGCGGGAAGAGCCCGUGUUUCUCCGGGGUGACCUGCACGGACCUACCCGCGCCAUCGCUGAACUUCACGUGCGGACCUUGUCCUGUCGGGUACAGCGGCAACGGGAGGUCCUGUCUGGACAUUGAUGAGUGCAACGUCACGUCCCCUUGCGGUGGUCAUGGAAGCUGCACCAACAGCCCAGGAUCCUUCAACUGCAGCUGCUUCCCCGGCUACAGAGACCCUCCCACCUGCCGGGACAUCGACGAGUGUGCGGAGAACACGUCCAUCUGCAACAACGCCACCGAAAACUGUCUUAACAAAGAAGGGAAUUACAGCUGCUUCCCCAGGCCAGGCCUCCCAGGCAACAAGCCGCCAACUAUCAACGGAAGUACCAAGGUUCAAGCGCGGUUGAAUGAGUCGACGAUUCUACAGAUCACGGUCGUGGAUCCCGAGUCAGACCCCAUCACCCUGACGAUCACUCCGAAUUCUUCAGACUUCACAAUUUACGCCAACGGAUCGGUGGGGUGGCGGCCCAGCUCCACGCGGGAGGCGUUGGUGUGGCUGGUGGCCUCGGACGGAGGGAGUUCAUCGCGGGUGGCGCUCUCGCUCACCGUGUGCAACUGCAGCUGGAACGCCGCUUGCAACUUCUCGCAGCCGCUGCUCAGCAGCUCCAACGACUCGGCAUCGUUUCAGGUCGCGAGCUGCCUGUGCUCGAGCGGCUACGUUGGAACCUACUGUGACCAGGACUACGACGCCUGCGGGAAGAGCCCGUGUUUCUCCGGGGUGACCUGCACGGACCUGCCCGCGCCAUCGCUGAACUUCACGUGCGGACCUUGUCCUGUCGGGUACAGCGGCAACGGGAGGUCCUGUCUGGACGUUGACGAGUGCGACGGCACUUCGCUUUGUGGCGGAGGCGGAAGCUGCACCAACAGCGCGGGCUCCUUCACCUGCAGCUGCUUGCCCGGCUACAGAGGCCACCUGUGCAUGGACGUGAACGAGUGUGUGGAGAGCCCAAAUGUCUGCAACAGCAGCCAAAACUGCAUGAACACGCUCGGCAGUUUCCUGUGCACCUGCAAGCUGGGCACAUCAGGUAGCGACUGUACAGAGUCGCCGUGCCCCGGGCUGAGCUGCCCUGAGAGCUACUGCGAUAACAACGGCACGUGCAGCGUCAACACGGCCACGUGCAGACUGCAGUGCUCUUGUGGAGACAGCUACAGGGGAGACAGCUGCCAGAACGGCAAGGAGAUCAUUCAGGCGAAGUUAAGAUACACAGAUCUGAAAGCGAAAUACCGGCUUGUCUUGGAGUUCUUAAAUGAAAAUUACAGAAAUGAGUUAAAUGAUACCACAAGUGAUUACUACACAGUGCAUUCCAAGAACCACACCAUGGCUGUUGCAGACAAACUGGGUGCGAUUGAGAUCUAUGACAGCACAGCUCUCGCGGGCUUUAGUGGAACCAGUGGCUCGCAGCUGACAACCGUGAUCAUAGCCAGUUUCAAAUAUACGUCCCAAGCAAAUGUGUUAACCAUCUACAACGGCACACUCGAGCAACGCAUUAAUGCCUCGUUUAGCAAAAAUAGAGUACUGGAACCCAUCCACCUGAAAAAUCUUACAGUGGAAUCAAUCGUUCCCAGAGACGUCCUCCUCAACUACUACAGCUGCGACACAGUCUUCAAAGGCUACGUUUUAAUCUUAGACAGCGCACAGGGAGUCAUCUGCAAGUCCCCGUGCAGCGACACCAACUACUGCAAAAACGGUGGCACCUGCCAGCACCUGGCAGCUGGAGUCCAGUGCACAUGUCCUGCAAACUUCAACGGGCAGUUUUGUGAGAAUGAUGUGACCGGAGUGAGCCGUGGAGUGUUCUUUGGCGUGCUGUUUGGAGUGCUGGGAGGAUUGCUGCUGCUGCUGCUGCUGGGGUUGCUGGCCUUCUGUCUCUGCAAGAAGCAAAAGGAUUCACUCAACUCUGACAAGCAUGGCAUUUUGAGGUCCUCUUCAAGAAGCUCCUACGUGCCCUGGUUAACAUCAAUUAGCAACACCAAUCUUGGCAGCAAACAUCCGGUCAUCCUCAAAAGCUGGAAAGCCAGACAAGAGCCCAUCGAUAUCACCAAGAAGAUUGUCAUCAAGCGGCCAACAGCAGUACAUGCCGAGCCAGUGUACAAGUCCUUCUGAGAGCCGCGGGGGGCGUGCUGGGGGCGUCUCGAGAUCUGGGCGGAUCCGCAGUGAUGCUACAGCUGCUGAUCUCUGGCGGCGAUAAUAUUUUAAGAAUUUGAACGCAUUGAGACGCAACCGGCUCGCGUUUCUUAAACAAACCUGGGAGUAAUACUUUGAUCCAUGCAUCUUUGACAGCAUCCUUGGUGACCUUGUUAUCUUCAGCAAGACCACUAUCAACCUUUGUAUCACUUACGAUUUACCGUUGCUUUGCAUCAUUUGAUACAUGUACACGUACGGCCCUUUGCCUUCUUAUUUUACUGCUGGAUGAUGGCCUCGCCACGCCAUACGGGUCGUGGGGGUUGUUUGAGCAUUCUUCACCACGCUGGUCAAGGCAGGUUGCUGAAGCUGGGGAGAGGGAAGUGGGAGUAUCGAGGUACAGUCUAAAUUAUGUUUUGGAAUGGAAUUUGUAUCGUUGUACACACUCCCGAAUCUUUGUUGCUCCAGAACGUCUCGUGCAGUUUUCCACAUUGCGUCAGCUCAGACUUGUCACAACUCCAGCACCAUUACUCAGAUGCCGAUUGUCAAAGUCAAUCGAUAAUAAGUAAAAUAACAUAGUUACUGCUAACAUAAGUAUUAAUAACACGUUUAUAACAAAUGUAAUCAACAUUAAAACAUUAUUACCGCAGCCACAGCAUUGCAAAAGUGCGUGGAGCGACGACGUCACACCGAACGCGUUGCACGGCGUUGUCUUCCUGACAGCUGAUUGGCUGGUGGGAGUGACGACGUUUUCCCUGGCCACCUCUGACGUGUCCACAGCAUUGCCAUCUGACUCGGACUCGCUUAUUUACUUACAUUUUGUCUGUACGUUUUCACUAACGGCAUUACGGAUCUUACUACAAUCGCUGCCUGCCCAGAUUGUAUGAGCAUUUUCUAAACUCGUGCCCCAGGUGACGAAGACUUGUUAACCUGACUAUGCAACUAUUAUAUUGAUGCCUUGGAAGUACUGCACUUUAAGAUAACACUGUUGCGCCGAUGUUGAAUACGGUAACCGUCAAAUGUAUGUUCAUGUAAUUCCGGUAUAUGUAAAUGUACACAUAUAUAUGCUGAGACAGGCAGCCGAUACGACACUGCACAGUUGUUGAGUGUAACCACUUUGUGAUGGUGGUGGUGACAUCACCACUGCAUCUGUGGUAGGGUUUGUGUACAGCGGAAUCACAAGUUGUGGUUCGAGGUCUCUGCCAGGUGGCAGAUGAACUGGCGAAAAAUAGUGGAGUGUUUGUAUGUGUGGUUGCAGUGUACUGCGCGUCUUGUAUGAAUAUGGUAUACAGCCUAUGUAGUUUAUGAGAAAAGAAUACAUGACACCAUAUUGUACUUUACCGCACUGGUCAUUGCGAGUGGGAGAAGUGGGAAGGCCCAGGACGGGUUCUUGAUAUGAUCGGCCAAGGAUGUUGGCCAGUGGCUGGGAAUCAAACUCAGGUUGCCGGGUUCAACGCACAGUGCACUAACCACUGUUCCACCACUCCACCCCCUCCCCAAUGGUGACGCUUACACAGUGAACAUGCACACAAACAUCGGUCACCUUUAUUCCCAGUGCAACCAGCUGGAUUCAAAACAUAGUUCGCUCUGUAAGACCACCUCGGCUGCUCUGCUCGUGGAAUACCCUUCAAACCCAGCCAUCUUUAACCAGGAAAGUCUCGGUCACCUUUGAAGCGAGAGACACCUGCUGCGGAACUUUGCCUUUGCAGGUUCAAAGGCAAAUUGCAGUCCAUAUGCUCGAUGGCAGGUGCAGCAUCCUCCCGCUGGUAUUCAAACAACCCCCAUGUUAUCCACUAAUACAACAAAACGUAUACAAUGCACAUCCUGCACUUAUCUGUCCCUCUACAUAUACAACAAAAGUAUGUUUUGCACAUUCCAUAAGCCAGCCUUCUGGGAGUACAUCAUAUUAGCAGCAUUUGGCAACACAAGAAAACUCUAGACCUCUCCGCGCCAUGACAUGGGAGCUAGUUGACCGUACUUCACCGUGCUGGUCAGUGCAGGUGGACAGGAUGGUCGUAGGACCAAACCAUUAUAGAACAGUGGAUGUGCUGCUUUGGCACCCACGUAGACACGAAGCUGCCGAGAACAACCCGGCAUGUGCAGUGGUCAACCCAUCCAAGCACUAUCCAGGCUCAAGGCUGCUGAGCCUCUGGGGUCUGACGAGAUUGGGAACAUUCCUGGAGGUUUAGUCCGAGACCCUUUGCCGUGAUUCGUCAAAUGCCAAACAUGCAACAGGCACUUUUUAAUUGGGGAAAGCAUGUCAACCAAUUAUAACUGCAAUUCAGAUGAAAAAAACUUGCUCACCUUUCUUGAAAAGGGAUGCUAUUUAAUCGACACUGGGAUGGUGAUGGGAAAUUCAGUUUCACUUCUUUGAUGUAGUACAUAAUUAAGCUAUAUUUAUGAAACCAAUCAAUAGCAACCCUUAACAUCAACACAGAAUGUCUUUCUUUCGAUUGUUAUUUUGACUGAGAUUUCCUAACUUCUGCAACAGCCUACAUCAUAUAAAAUUGGAGAUCCAAAACUGAACUCGUUGGGUAGACUGAUAAUAAUUCAGCAAUAACGUUCACAAUCGACAUUCGCUCUUUUCCUGGAAAUCAUGCCGUCUUGGAUAAUGAUCACAAAUGAAUUAUAGUCAACUGGGACAAGGGAAAAAGCAGUCCACGUGUCAGAUUUAACACAAUUCAAAAACUUUAACACAUGCCAUUACAGUUAAAAACGUCAGUUGGUUUAUAUUCUAAAUAUUACCUUUGUAAUUAUCUGUCUACACAUUGAUCGAGUCGGUGAAGUCUUCAUUGUGUCUCCAUGCUUGCAUCUGGUUCAGAAAUACCGGGCUCGUUGCAGUUUUGGGAUACAGUUAAUCUACAAUUAAGAACCAAAAUAAGUGAUUGUGAUGAUGUGUUUUAUUUCCAAUUAAAAAGGGCUCGAGAAACAUUUUAAACAUGCGUAAUCUUUUCUGAAAUGUGCUUUCAUGUCUCAUCCAUCAUGCUCAAUGUUACGCAACCGAAUAAAUGUACAGAUACAAAUGCAAAAAGUAAUUUUACCUUACAAAAAACAAUGGGUAAGUUGUGCAGCUCAGAUACUGUUUGUUUUGUAAAUUUGUGUAACCUCCACGAGCUUCGGCCAACAAGUUGAAGCACUCGCUGAACACAUAACAAGGCACUGCGAUGUGGAUUCAUUGCCAGAAUAAGGGCAAGCUGGUCCCCACGCACGGAAGUCGUUGUUGGACCCCAAUUCUUAACAUAUACAACACAAAUAAGUCACCAUAAUUUACGGGGUCUAUUACAUUUUUUCUUGGAAUGUACCACGGUCUGUACUCGUUUACCAAGAAUAAAAAAAAUAAGAGUUCCUUUCAAA